CCCCCAUCUCUCCCGUUCCCUUCCCCCACUCCAGCCCGCUCACGUGACCCCUCGGGCCGGCCGCAGAAUGGUGCCUGGAGAAAAUGGCGGACACCGAAGAGCUGCGGAAUAUGAUAUCAAGCUUUCGAGUUUCAGAACUUCAAGUGCUUUUGGGGUUUGCUGGGCGAAACAAAAGUGGGCGCAAGCACGACCUUCUAAUGAGGGCCCUCCAUUUAUUAAAGAAUGGCUGCAGCCCCGCUGUCCAGAUUAAAAUCAAAGAGCUCUACUGCCGGCGCUUUCCCAGGACCCUCGACGGAGUGUCGGGAUUAUCACCCAUCAGAUCGAACGUAUUCAAUCUAGACAGCAGCUCCCCGGUGGAUUCAGACCUGACGGUUGGUGGGAUUCACUCCCUGCCUUCCUCCUCUGUUUCACCUUGCUCCCCCGCAUCCCCUCUGGGGUCUGUCCUGCUGCAGGACACCAAAGCUCCGUUUGAGAUUCAGCAGCUGUCCCCCCCAAUUCCUCCCGUGCACCCAGAUGUCCAUCUCAAGACUCUUCCUUUUUACGAUGUGCUCGAUGUUCUCGUUAAACCCACAAGCUUAGUGCAGAACAGUCUCCAAAGAUUUCAAGAGAAAUUUUUUAUCUUUGCAUUGACCCCUCAACAGGUGCGAGAAAUUGUCAUCUCCAGAGAUUACAUGCCAGGCGGCAGAAGAGAUUACUCAGUCCAGGUCCAGCUAAGGUUAUGUUUAGCAGAGACUAGCUGUCCUCAAGAGGAUAACUAUCCGAGCAGCCUGUGCAUUAAAGUUAAUGGGAAGCUGUUUCCUUUGCCGGGAUGCGCUGUGCCACCAAAAAAUGGCGUCGAACAGAAACGACCUGGUCGCCCCCUCAACAUUACCUCAUUAGUUCGGCUGUCGUCUGCAGUUCCAAACCAGGUCUCCAUUUCGUGGGCUUCUGAAAUCGGGAAGAAUUACUCCAUGUCUGUCUACCUGGUGCGCCAGUUGACAUCGGCGGUGCUGCUCCAAAAGCUGAAGAUGAAGGGAAUUAGGAAUCCAGACCAUUCCAGGGCACUUAUAAAAGAGAAACUCACUGCAGAUCCGGACAGUGAAAUUGCUACCACCAGCCUGAGGGUCUCUCUGAUGUGCCCUCUUGGAAAAAUGAGGCUGAGCAUUCCUUGCAGAGCCGUCACCUGCUCUCACUUGCAGUGCUUUGACGCUGCUCUUUAUCUGCAAAUGAAUGAGAAGAAGCCGACGUGGAUCUGUCCCGUGUGCGACAAAAAGGCUACCUAUGAAAGCCUUAUUAUUGAUGGGCUCUUUAUGGAGAUCCUUAACCAGUGCUCUGAUGUGGAUGAGAUCAAGUUCCAGCAGGAUGGCUCUUGGUGUCCCAUGAGGCCUAAGAAGGAGCCAAUGACUUCUCCAAACACACAGUAUCCCCACAUUGAAGGGACAGGUGUUAUCAGCAAAAUCUGUUCUGCAAUAGAAGGCGGCGAGACAACCAGAAAGAAUAAAGCUGAAGUCAUAGAUCUGACGAUUGAAAGUUCAUCGGAUGAUGACGAGCCGCCUGCGAAGAAGGAAUGUGUGUACAUGACAGAAUCGCAGGAGGCGGCUAUGAAAGGGGUCUUGUCGUAUCAGCCGUCAUCACUAAGAGUUGGAAAAGUAACCGGUAUUGAGUCAGACUCCAUUCAUCCCUCAAUGGCAGAGUACGCGGAUCAUUUCCAUCAUCCGGCCAUCGCUGGAAUAUCAGCAGACUUACCAGGUCUGGAUUUUCUCUCUCUCGUUUCAAUGGAUCCUCAGCAGUACUAUCCCCCUAUGUUUUUGGAUAGUCUCAUCUCGCCAAUGCCAACAAGCCAAAUAACUGGCAAACCCUGAACCUGGAGCAGCCGCCAUGAAAGUGUCCAGCGAGGAGAAUGUCUUGCCGCUGAGCCUGAGCUCUUCUAGAGAUUUUCAGCACAUCCAGAGGAAUGACCGCAAUGCUCUUGAACAACAACACCCCCUUAUUUAUUUGUUAAACUCCCCAGAGUGCAGGAAGAGACUCGGUGGAGAAAAGGACAAACUUUUUUUUUUUUAUUAUUAUUAUUAUUGGUGAACUGAACCAAGCACGCAAAUUGAAAUGGCACGAUUCCCGGGUCACUCCGGAUCUGCAGUUUUGUUUGAUGUUUUUGCCGGAUGCAUAUGCACAGGUCUGUAAAUACUUUGCUCUUCUACCCAGAAGGAAAAUGUAUAUAUGUAUUUUUAUAAAUAAAGCCCAGAUCAAAAAACUGGAGGUCACAGUAUGCUGAAAUGCAAAGAAAAUAUAUUCCCCGUAACUAGGGUCUCUCUUCUUUUUGUACAUUAUGAACCCUAUCCCUGCUGGGAGAAAGUCACAUACUGCCCAGUUAUGUAGUAACUACAUUUUUUUGGGUUUAAGGUUACAAAAUUGCAGAGUGUUCAUCAUGUAUAAGGUCUCCUCUCUGAUGGAUGCCAGAGCCAAUGCGGUCAUCUUCUAAACCAGGAGGUCUUAAAGGAGAACUAAAGCCUAACU